CUGAUCUAUCACUUGUGAGAGGUUUCUCCCUUUGCGUUCAUUCAGGCCGCAAACUCAAUCCAUCCGAGCGUAUCAUGAGCAUUUUGGCGUACAACGGAGCUGCGGUCAUUGCCAUGGCUGGCAAGAACUGCGUGGCCAUUGCAAGCGACACACGUCUCGGCGUGCAAGGACAGACGAUCGCUACGGACUUUCAAAAGGUGUUUCGCCUCAACGACAAGACGUUCUUGGGGCUUGCGGGCUUGGCCACGGAUGUCCAGAGCGUGUCGCAGCUGUUGCGGUUCAAGUUGAACAUGUACAAGAUGCGCGAAGAACGCGAGAUCAAGGCCAAGACGUUGAGCGCAUUGAUCUCCAACUUGAUGUACGAGAAGCGCUUUGGGCCUUGGUUCGUGGAACCCUUGGUGGCCGGUCUGACGGAAGACAACCAGCCGUUCCUGAGCAGCAUGGAUUGUUUGGGCUGUGAAAUGUUCACCAAGGACUACGUGUGUGCAGGCACGAUGGAGGAAGCGUUGCACGGCAUGUGCGAAUCCCUUUUCCGCCCGGACAUGGAGCCAGAAGACUUGUUUGAAACGAUUUCACAGUGUUUGCUGUCGGCGUGCAACCGAGAUGCGUUGGCAGGCUGGGGCGGUGUCGUGCACAUCUUGACUCCUCAAGGCGUGACGACCAAAGUGCUCAAGACACGCAAGGACUAGACACGUUCACGCGACGGACCUACUUCAAAGAACGAAUACCCCCAAGCAUGGACUCCCCGUCUUUGGCGGUAAUUUGACAAUGGACGACCGACCGCCGUUUGUUUUUCUUCGGAAAUGGGUUGUCAUAGUAACUGGUACUGGCAUACAAUUAAACUGGCAACGACCAGUUUACUGCCAUUUAUUUCGCUCA